AUGCUCGAACAAGAAAAGGAACAAAUUUUGGACAUGCUGAACAGCGUUAGUGUCAAUACUGAACUCCUACGACUCGGUCAAGGUGACCGUGAAGACAUUACUGCAAUCACUAAUCGUCUCGCCGCCCGACAAAAAACUGUUGAUGUGAGUUCUGUGAAUCACUCACGGCUUGCGCGUUUCUUGAAGUUGGCUGCAAUCCCGACCAACCAUGACGGCCGAUUGAUAGAGCUCAAAGCGCAAAGCUGA